AUCGAAGACAUUCGAGUUCCAAGUUUCCAACUUCCUGACUUCAACUUCCAACCUCCAAAUCUGUAUUGUAGUUUGUACACUGUACACGCGUAACGGUCAAUGUGGUCUGACAAACUGUGGAGCUUCCCACCUUCCAUCACCGUGUUGGCUCUGCUAAAACCCUUCAAGCUAAAACCUUAUUACUACCACUGCAACUCCACUAAAGCAGAAACCCUAGCUAUGACAACCCUCAAUGAAGCCGGCGUCGGCAUCUACAGUUACAUUUCUCAUCUCCCUGGAUUUCACGCCGUUCUGAAGCAAAGGUAUUCCGAUUUUAUCGUGAAUGAAGUAGAUUCAGAUGGAAAAGUUGUUCACCUUACGUGUUUGGAUGCACCUCCUGAAAUUGUAGCAGAAAUGGAAAAGGAAAGGGGAAUCCCUGACCAAACAUAUAAAACUUAUACAUCGGAAAUUGAAUUAUUUAGGGCCCUCGCUGGCGACUCUGAUGCAGAAUCUCUAAAAUCUCUUCUCAAUCAAAUUACUUCUGGUGGCCAAAGCAACGUCUCUCCAAUUGUUCUUUCUCCGGAUUCUGACAAGUCGCAUAGAACGGCAGUUCAUAAAUUCUUCAAGGAGCAUUUUAAGUUCCUUCUAACGGACACAGUCGACGGACCAGAUGAUACAUUGAAAUGCAUUCGUGUGAGGUUAAGUUCCAUAGGGCAAGAUAGCAAUGCCAGGAACUCGAAGAAACGAAAGGACAGGAAAGACAAGCCCUUUGACAGCAGAGGUUCGAAUAAUUGGCCUGAGCAUGUUGGCAAGUUCCUUAGGUUUCACCUUUAUAAAGAGAACAAAGACACUCAAGAGGUUCUAGGACUCUUAGGAAAAAUGCUUGGUAUCCAGCAAAGGUCAUUUGGAUUUGCGGGUACAAAAGAUAAACGUUCUGUUUCGACUCAAAGGGUAACUGUAUUCAAGCAAUAUGCAAAAAGGUUGGCUGCUCUCAAUGACAGACUAAUUGGUAUCAAAGUUGGAGACUUUUGCCAUGUCAAAGAAGAACUUCUUCUCGGGCAGCUCCUAGGAAAUCGUUUCACAAUCACAUUGAGAGGAGUUGUUGCAGAUUCUGAAGAUACUAUUAAAGCAGCCGUAGAUGCCUUGGGAAAGAAGGGGUUUAUCAACUACUAUGGCUUGCAACGUUUUGGGAGUGGUUCAAUGCCAAAUCACCUCAUUGGAGCCACAUUACUUCGAGGGGAGUGGAAAAUGGCUGUAAGCAUGAUUCUGGAUCCAAGAGAAGGGGAGCGUGAAGGAAUACGGAAGGCACGUGAAUAUUAUAAGGACAGUGGUGAUAUUGAGGGGACUCUUAGACAAUUGCCUCACCAUCUAGUUGCUGAAAGGGCUAUACUUCAAUGUUUGAAGAAGUGCCCCGGUAACUAUUUGCAAGCCUUGAAGGCUAUACCAAGGACACUGAGAAUGAUGUAUGUCCAUAGCUACCAAAGUUAUUUGUGGAACCAUGCUGCAAGUAUUAGGGUGCAAAGACAUGGAAUUGAUGGAGUUGUGAUAGGAGAUUUGGUAUAUAGUAAAAGUGGUUCUACGGGAAUGCCAACUGAAGCCAUUAGCAGUGGAUUUGAAGAUGAUAGCUGUAAUGACAAAUUUGGUUGCAGUGACUUGGAUGAAACUACUGAAGCAACAUUACCCAAAGAAAAGGGUAGUAUUGUGAAGGCUGUAGAUGCAGAGGAUCUCCAGAGGGGAGAUUAUACAAUUGCUGAUGUUAUUCUUCCUUUGCCUGGUUCAAGAGUUCUCUAUCCAACACAUGAUAUUGCUCAAGUUUACCGUGAUUUGGCAAAGAAGGAUGGCAUCAGCUUGAUGGAGAGCGUACACAGUACCAAGGAAUUCUCAAUAACCUGUAUGACUGGAGGCUAUAGGCAUGUCUUCCAGAARCCAAUUGACUUUGAUUGGGAAUUGAUCCAGUAUAUAGAUGGUAAUGUACCCUUGGUGGAGACAGAUUUGGAUGUUAUUGCAAAAACUGGACCUGUACAUAAUAUCAGAGAAGAGGGUUGCACUGAUGCAGGUGGGGACAAGAUUUGCACUACUGGCUGUGCGAAGCUGUCAGUGAACCUAAAAAAUGACACAACGUAUACACAGUACGAUAGUGAGGCUGAGGAUGAGAAAGAAGUGGGACUGCAUGGUAAUUGUGGCCAUGGUUGUGAUGCUCGGGAACCCCAGGUGGCUCUGAAAUUAGGCUUUACUCUUCCAGCUUCUUGUUAUGCCACAAUGGCCAUAAGGGAGCUGCUAAAAACAUCAACUUCUGUAUGUUCUAUCGAAGCUUUUGCAGAUGUCCUGUUUUAAUCUGGGUUUGAAUCAUAGUGCAUCAAGUAUGCUACAUUUUAUUGUUGUCCUAAUUGACCUGUAUGUUUCACAUGUGAUCAUGCUUUAGGCUGUGUGCUUGUAAAGGGAUAAUGAAUAUGGGGGCAUUCUUAAUUAACCACUAAAAUGUGCAAACUUGUGCUACCAUGUGUAUGUUUUGCAUAUUUGAAAGAACUACAUUAAGUGAUGCUUUAGUUAGAUUUACAGUGAUUGGAUAUAACAGAGAGUAUUGGGGGAAACUGAACUAGCUGAUAUCCCCUUUCGGCUUUUUUCCAUGUGCUGUGGAAAGUUGACUUGUA